ACGUCAGACGGCGCGCCGGCCCCGAAAGAGGACCCCGCGCUACUGCGUCCCCUCAGGUCCUUGAGCUGGUGCUGACGGCGGAGCUAUGGCCUUGACACUGUUGAGGUUGGCUCCCGUGUCCGCGUCCGCGCGGGGCCUCGCGGCGGUGGCCCAGCGCUCGGGAGGAAUCCAUACGAGUGUACAGGGCCAGAGGCAGUUUGGCCCUUUGGCAUUCAUAUUUGGUGACAAAACAACAAAAAGACUGACAAAAUUCAGCAAAGUGAUAACCGUCGAUGGCAAUAUAUGUUCUGGAAAAAGCAAGCUUGCAAAAACAGUAGCAGAGAAACUAGGCUUGAAGCACUUUCCUGAAGCAGGAAUACACUAUGCAGACAGCACUACGGGGGAUGGAAAACCUCUGGAUGUACAGUUUAGUGGCAACUGCAGUUUGGAGAAGUUUUACGAUGAUCCCAAAAGUAAUGAUGGCAACAGUUACCGUCUGCAGUCCUGGUUGUAUGCCAAUCGCCUCCUGCAAUACGCAGACGCCUUGGAACACUUGCUGAGCACAGGGCAGGGUGUCGUGUUGGAGCGCUCCAUCUACAGCGACUUUGUGUUCCUGGAGGCAAUGUACAAGCAGGGCUUCAUCCGGAGGCAGUGUGUGGACCACUACAACGAGGUGAAGAAAGUGACCAUCUGCGAUUACCUGCCUCCUCACCUGGUGAUCUACAUCGACAUGCCUGUUCCAGAGGUCCAAGCUCAGAUUCAGAAGAAGGGAGAUCCACAUGAGAUGAAGAUCACCUCUGCUUAUCUUCAGGACAUCGAGAACGCCUAUAAGAAGACCUUCCUUCCUGAAAUGAGUGAAAAAUGUGAAGUUUUACAGUACAGUGUAAGGGAAGCUCAAGAUUCAGAAAAGGUGGUGGAGGACAUUGAAUACCUCACGUUUGACAAGGGGCCGUGGCUCGACCAGACUGACAGUACCUUCUACCGUCUUCGAAUGCUGGUUCAGGAUAAGUUGAAGGUGCUGAAUUACACGACCAUUCCAAUCUAUCUCCCAGAAAUCACGAUUGGAGCUUAUCAGAGUGGCCGAAUCUACCGUGAAUUCUCAGAGCUGCCGGGCCGCAAGUACUGCCCCGGGUAUAAUGCGGAUGUGGGCGACAAGUGGAUCUGGCUGAAGUGACGGACCAGCCUCUGCUAGAGCUGUAUUGCAAUGACGAAGAAGCUUCCAGUUUGCCGACUCUCGUGGACUCCUCGUAGCUGUAAAAUUUGGGGGGAAGUAAACGAUCUGAAAAUCGCACCGUGGGAGAAAUGGCCGUCCUCCCUGCAGUGCGGUCAGGGUGGACAGGAGCAUCGGGGCCUGCAGCUUUAUGUUGUAGCGAUUCGUGAUUAUCACGGGGGCAAAGGAAGUCUGCUGGGGGGGACCAGGCUUCACUAGAAGGGUUUCUUCUCCCACCUGUGUCCGUGUUGUGCAGGCUGGUACGUGGCUUCUUCAGACUCGAGAAAUAAACUGCUUCUGUGGCA